GCUUCCCGAUACGUCUGACUGCAUCUUAUCAUGACUAUGACCUCUGACUGGACGAUAUUUCGCAGAAUUACAUGGAAAAGUAGGAGCACCCACAAAGACGCAGCUUUCAUCGUGUCUACUCGGGAAUACCAGGAGGAAUAAGAACCAAAUAUGAGGCGUAUUGAGUCCCAGUUCUCCUUUCCACAAAUCCCCCAUCUGCAUUUCCAAGAGUCUCUGUGCUCGAUUCGCUACUCAUCCUCUUGGGGCGGUCGUGUAUACCCACAUUCUAUACCCAACAUACGACGCCUACUUGAACCCCACAACCUAAAGUCAUUACUAUGGCUGGUGUCACUUCUGCGACGUUUGUCAAUCUUGUAGUUGGAUUGAUGAUCAAUUGGGCCUCCAUUGUUGUGGGCUUCUAUAGCUUGUAUACGAUCAUCAUCAACAUUCUCCCGAAAUAUGUGAUCAGGGACCUAGAGAACUUACUCAAGGAAACUCGAGGCGGUUGCAUCACGACUUUGGAAGAAGGCUUGUUCUGUGGGGAGAACAAUCAGGGAACGUAUCUCCAGCGUCUACAGGAGCAAGAAGAGGAGGUGUCAAUUCUUGUGAUCAGGACCUACAGGGCGAAUACAUUAUAUAAACAGUUCCGCGAACUGUUUGGGGGCCUAUCUUGGCAAAUUCGGAGGAAAUACAGCGAAGUCAGAGAUCUUCGUGACUCUAUCACUCUUGCCAGAGAAGAAGGGAAGCACCUGGCCCGAAGCGAAACGAGAAUCCUCUCGCCUCUACUACUAUCUACGAUGCGACCUCGAACCUUUUCGCCUUCACCUCGCUCUUCAAUGGCGCAUCCAGUCCAGCAGUUACAUGACUUGCUUGCAUCACCCAGCAGUCGAAAGAGUAUUAUUCUGCCAUAUUCCCCUCCGAUGGCCGUGCAAUCGCUUGCACUUCCUCAGACGCCCCCAGAGUGCCACAAGGCUUGA